AUGGCGGAGGCAGCAAGGGGAGGGCCGACGCCUCCUCAUGGUGGCAUCCCGGAUGAGAUCCUCAUCUGGGACAUCCUCGUCCGCCUGCCCCCCAAAUCGCUCCUCCGCUGCCGUGCCGUCUGCCGCGCCUGGCGCACAGCCACCUCCGCCCGCGACUUCCUCAUCGCCAACCACGCCCGCCAGCCCACCCGCCCCCUCCUCUACGUCUGCAACCUUCCCCACUACGGCCACUACAAGGUCGGCGGCGACAUAGACAUCAUCCCCUUCGACCACCGGGCCGCCGCCGACAAGCUCCAGCCCGUCGCGCGACUUGGCCGAGCCUCCGAAUUCAAAGAUCUGGUGGCCUCCUUUGACGGCCUCGUUGUCUUCGACUGGUGGCGCCGCAAGUUCUUGGGCAUCUGCAACCCAGCGACCCGUCAGUAUGCCCGCCUCAGGGUGCCUAUGGACUCCACGUUCUUGGGGAUGUACCGUCACCCCCCAACCGGCGAAUACAGGGUACUGAUGUACCGGUGUCCGGCAGCUGGGAGGGAAGCUGGCUGCUAUGUUUUAUCGUUGGGCUCCGGCCAACCGCCGAGAAGAAUCGUCAGGCCGGGGGAAGCGCAUAAAGAAGUCAUAUUCGGCACCAAGUAUGUGCUACUCCGUGGCGGGCUGCAUUGGCACCGGGUGCAGCAGCACGAGGGCGAAAGCAACAUGCUAAUCGUGUUUGACACCACGGCUGAGUCGUUCCGACAGAUGCGCGUCCCGAUUGUUCGUGGUUCUGCCAGGGAUGGGCUGUUUGAGAUGGAUGGAAUGCUCGGCAUGUCUAGCUUUAAUGACAAAGCGACAAACAUUAAUAUCUGGGUGUUACAGGACUAUGAAAGCGAGGUCUGGACCUUCAAAUGCCACAUUGAAUUGCCGCUUACAGAGAUUAGGGCGUCGUGUGGAAAACGCGACGACGAUGACUCUUGGGAAACGGUCGCGCCUGGGGAUGGUGAGUUGCUUGUGCUGGUCAAAUUUCCUGACUGGCUAGUUCAGGUUGACAUGGAUGGCAAGUUGGUCGCCACUUUCAAUCACACAGGUGUCGAACCUACUCAACUGCAGCUCAAACAAAGUCUUGUUCCGCAUGACUUCUUUCCAUCGCUACAUGGUUAUGUUGUGAAUGGUUGGCCUUUCACCUGA